UUUUUUCCUUUUUUCAGAAACAAACCCUUAAUCAUUUAUAUCUUUGUCUCCAAACCCGAAAUCGCUAAAAUCUAGUGUUCCUUCAUAGAAACCAGUUAGCUUGUACCAAAAAUGGAAGAUGCCGAAACGAAAGGAAGAAUCGAGGAAACUGUUACGAAGAUCUUACAAGAAUCAAACAUGGACGAGGUUACAGAAUCCAAGGUUCGAAAGCAAGCCUCCAACGAACUUGGCAUCAACCUAUCUCAGCCCCAUUUCAAAUCCUUCGUGAAACAAAUCAUUGAAGCUUUUAUUCAACAGAAGCAACAACAGCAAGAGGAAGAAGAAGAAGAAAAAGAAAAAGAAAAAGAAAAACAACAUCACAAACAAGAGGGAGGUGUUUCCAACGACAGUAAGUUGUACGAUGAUUCUGGCGAUCUUGUCAUUUGCGAGCUUGGAAAAAAGAGAAAGGUGACUAUUCAGGAGUUCAGAGGGAAAACAUUUGUCUCCAUUCGUGAGUUUUAUACGAAGGAUGGCAAGGAACUUCCUUCUUCUAAAGGAAUAAGUUUGACUGAGGAGCAGUGGUCAGCCUUUAAGAAAAAUGUGCCUGCCAUAGAAAAAGCCAUUCAGAAAAUGGAGUCACACGUAUAAGGAUGCAGGGAUUUCCAUCUGCAGAUCGAAGCAUUCAUGUUGUUAUCUAAUGAAUGGCCAAACCACAUUUUUCAUGGAGAUACUAAGUAGAUAUCUCAACUCUUAAGUGAUGUGGCAUUGCUUUUCUGUAAUCCGAAUAUCCUGCAUCUACAUGUCCUUUUGAUACUGCACCAUUUUGUCUAGGACUUGAAAUCACUGUGAGUCCUGUUUUGUUAAGUGUAUUGAAACUGGAAUAGAGAUAUUUUAGGAAGACUCUAGAGAAGGCGGAUCAAAUGGUAUUGAAUACAGUAAUAUGGUAUUUUUUCUUUUCUUAUGUCAA